AUGCUUCCUACAUGUACGCAGCGAGCCUUGGCCGGCUCUGCUCGCUCGUCUCUCCUUCACGCGCAGAUCCAGCAGGCCACGCGCCAACACAGACCCAAUGCCUUCGCGCAGACGGCACAGGACGCCGCGAAACGAGCGAUGACCACCCAGCCACCACCACCACGACAGAUGCUACGAACAGUACGCCGCAAUGCCCGUCAACAAGCUCCCACCACCAAGUACAUCCACGCGCGAUGGGCGUCAGGUCGGAUCGAGAAGGCGACAGAAACCGUGCAGCCCCGACCACCAUCACGCAUAGUGCAAUUGGCAUACAAACCGGCCGCAGCACUGGGUCUCUUCGUGGCAAUCAGUGGUGGUCUUGUUGUGGCAUUCUUCAUCUUCGAUGCUACCACCUACCGAGAUGGCCCACAGGCCAUCGACAUGUCAGUGUCGGAGCUGGCAUUGAGCCCGCGCAAAGGUGGCCCGAAGAACCUUCCGAUCGCAGAGUACUUCAUCGACGAUGAGGAGGAUCCGGACAUGCUGGAGCAAAAGCACAAGCCGAAAUUGCUCAUCCUGGGCACAGGCUGGGGCAGCAUAGCAAUGCUCAAGCAGCUCAUACCUGGCGAGUACCACGUCACCGUAGUCUCGCCAUCGAACCACUUCCUCUUCACGCCCAUGCUACCUUCCGCGACAGUCGGCACCCUCGAGUUUAGGAGUUUGGUAGAGCCUGUCAGAAAGAUCAUCCGACGCGUCAAGGGACACUUCAUCAAGGCGUCAGCGGUGGAUGUGGACUUUAGUAACAAGCUACUUGAGCUGGAGUCGCAGGAUGCGAAUGGGAACAAACAACGCUUCUACGUGCCCUACGACAAGCUGGUCAUCGGUGUUGGAUCGACCACGAACCCGCAUGGUGUGAAGGGUCUCGAGCAUUGCCACUUCCUCAAGGACAUUAGCGAUGCUCGCAAGAUCCGAAAUAGGGUCAUCCAGAACCUCGAAGUCGCUUCAUUGCCUACCACACCGGACGCCGAGCGAAGAAGGCUGCUGUCUUUCGUUGUGUCUGGCGGUGGUCCAACCGGUGUAGAGUUCGCUGCAGAGCUCUACGACAUGCUGAACGAGGACCUGACCAAGUUCUACCCAAAGCUUCUGCGGAAUGAAAUCUCGGUGCACGUUAUCCAGUCUAGAGGUCACAUCCUGAACACCUACGAUGAAGCGCUCAGCAAGUACGCCGAAGAUCGACUGGCUCACGACAAUGUGGACGUACAGACCAACGCCAGAGUGAAGGAGGUUCGAGAGGACAGCAUCUUGUACACGCAAAAGGACAGCGAAGGCAAAACGAUUACGAAAGAGCUGCCUAUGGGAUUCUGCCUGUGGUCCACAGGUGUCUCACAGACCGAAUUUGCUCAGAACCUGGCCAAGAAGUUCGAUAACCAAAACAAUCGCCACGCCCUCGAGACUGACACCCAUCUUCGACUAGCAGGUGCACCUCUUGGUGACGUCUAUGCCAUUGGCGACUGCAGCACAGUCCAGAACAACGUCUCAGAUCACAUCAUCACAUUCCUCCGCACACUGGCCUGGGAAAAGGGCACGGAGCCCGAGCACAUGACCAUCAGCUACAACCAGUGGUGCGAAGUAGCGAAACGCGUCAAGACCCGCUUCCCCCAAGCCAACGACCACCUCCGCCGUCUCGGCAAACUCUUCGAACAAUACGACAAGGACAAGAGCGGGACCCUAGACUUUGGCGAACUCAGCGAACUCCUCAAGCAAAUCGACAGCAAACUAACCUCCCUCCCGGCAACAGCACAGCGCGCCAACCAGCAGGGUGUCUACCUCGGCCGGAAGUUCAACAAGCUGGCUCAAGCAGAGUAUGGCAUGAAGUUGAAUGAGAUCUAUGAUGGCGAUGUGGAUGAGGCGGCGUAUAAAGCUUUUGACUACAAGCAUAUGGGGAGCUUGGCGUAUAUUGGUAAUGCGGCUAUCUUUGACUUCAAUGGAGUGGGGUGGGGAGGUGGGUUGCUGGCGGUGUAUUUGUGGAGGAGUAUUUACUUUGCGCAGAGCGUGAGUCUGAGGACGAGGAUGUUGCUGGCGAUGGAUUGGAGUAAGAGGGCUCUUUUUGGAAGAGAUAUGAUGAACUACUAG